UUUUAGGGGUUUUUUUGUAAAUACAACACCAGUUAUUACAAUUUUCACACCAAACCGUUAGGAUUAGGCGUUAUGACCGUUUGAAUGACCGUUAUGACCGUUAGAAUUUCUUUUAAACGAACUUCAAAGAGGACGCACGUGACAUCUGGUGCCUAUAUAUACGGCUCCUCUGACGGCUCCUCUGCUCAGUGUUCACCUCUGACUGACAUCAUGACUAAAUCUCGUCUCUGGUGUCUGUAGAUUAUUUAAAUUUCAUAAACACUGCGUAUUAGAUCGUUUCGCUUCCAGCUAAUGAUGUCGUCACAGAUCUGUUUGGUCUUCAUGGCCUUCAUGGGCUCCAGUGUAUCAGAGAAACUGUUCCACAGUCGAGAUCAUUCGGAUGUAGAGAUGUUCUCCUCUCACCUGGCCGAGCUCGUCACUGAUAUGGACUCUGCUCAGCACUUCCUCUUCAAGUAUGGGUUUAUGAAACCAGUGAAUCGGGAACACACACAAAGCCCCGGAGUUGAUACUUCAACUGAUUCUGACAUCUUCUUAGAGGACACAGUUCAGGAUCAGACUUUCUUUACUCACUCGGAGGACACCGAACAUCUCCCAGAGUCACCUGACUUUAUCGGAGCUCUGCUGGAGUUCCAGCAAGUGUCUGGUUUACCCGUUACAGGUGUGUUUGAUGACGCCACAAAGGUGGCCAUGAACAAACCACGAUGUGGCGUCCCUGACAAGGAAGAGGACCAGAUUGAAACCAUAGAGACCAGCACUACUGCAGAGGACCUAAAUGAAUCCUCUGAGCCUUUUAACAUCACAGCGACACCACAGAGUAACAACACAGACAUUGACGUAGCUCAGAACGACACCUCUGACAAGGCAGAGACAGAAAAACAGCACCACCUACAGACAUUGUUACGUAAGAGCAGUAGGAUUAAAAGAAGCACCAAUGCAUUGUGGGGUCAUGCUGCGUUCUCUAAGAACAUCCUGACAUGGAGACUGAUUGGUGAAGGCUACAGCAGCCAGCUCUCGGUGGAAGAGCAGCGCCACAUCUUCAGGCUGGCUUUUAGGAUGUGGAGUGAAAUCUCACCUCUGCAGUUCAUAGAGGAUCUGCAUUCACCACCGGACGAGAUCGACAUCAGACUGGGCUUCGGCACAGGUCGCCACUUUGGGUGCGCUCAGAGUUUUGAUGGUGCUGGAAGGGAGUUUGCUCAUGCCUGGUUUCUGGGUGACAUCCAUUUUGAUGAUGAUGAACAUUUCACGGCCCCCAACGCAGGAAAUGGGAUCAGCUUGCUUAAGGUAGCGGUGCAUGAGAUCGGCCACGUGCUGGGUCUUCCUCACAUUUACCGCUCGGGAUCCAUCAUGCAGCCCAGCUAUCGACCGCAGGAUGACGGCUUUGAGCUCGACUGGCUCGACAGGAAGGCCAUUCAGAACCUCUACGGAGGCUGUGGGGGUCGCUUCAGCACCGUGUUCGAUUGGAUCAGAAAGGAGAGGACGGCGUACGGUGAAGUGGUCGUGCGCUUUAACACCUACUUCAUGCGUAACGGUUUGUACUGGCUCUAUGAGAACCGCAGCAACAGAACGCGUUACGGAGAUCCCGUCUCCGUGCAGGUCGGAUGGCACGGACUUCCGUCUUCCGGCGUGGACGCCUACGUGCACGUGUGGAGCCGCGAGACGGACGCUGCGUAUUUCUUCAAAGGAGCUCAGUAUUGGAGAUACGACAGCCAGAACGAUCAGGUCUUCUCUGAAGACGCAGACGGCCAACGUUACCCUCGUCUUAUCUCCGAGGGCUUCCCAGGCGUACCGAGCCCCGUCGACACGGCCUACUACGACAGGAGAGACGCUCACAUUUACUUCUUCAGAGGUUCCUUGGUUUAUAGGUUCAGCAUCCAAGCUAACAAGCUAGCAGCUACUCAGAAAAUGACCGAGCUGUUUCCUGCCCUGACCCCAGGCGACCAUCCCACAAGUAACCUGGAUGCCGCGUAUUUCUCCUACUCGCACAACACCCUCUUCCUGAUAAAGGGCGCCUCCUACUGGAGGGUGGUGGGAAAAAGGGCACGCAAGAUGAAGCGCUCACUGCCCUACAACAGCCUGCUGCCAGCUCGAGAGGUGCAGCAGCAGUGGUUCGACAUCUGCGACGUCCACACCAGCGCCCUGAGAACCGAACGCCGGUGACGGGACAACAAGCACAACCGGAAAAGUUCCUUUUCCCUUUCAGCUUAUAACGACGACGUGAUAAAUACUGAACCGCUUAUUCUCACAAUGAUCCAGAAAAAAAAACCUGAAACUAUUAGGGGAUUUGAUUUUAAUCUCGUUCACGCCUGGUCUUCACAUCUGUCGAAACAUCUAUCCACUGAGACGCGAACCUCUUCUUCACACAGGAGGCCUGUUAACGAACGUUAUAAACGAGCGACAGACGAGACGAAGAAAGAGGUUGAGAAAAGUGUCAUCUUUUAAACAGCCUCGAUUCAUUGUGUCGAUGUAUCCGUUAGCGAGCGACGGAGAGCUCACGAGAGCUUUUAGAUUCAGCUUCCUGCUUCUUUGAGCCUCUUGGAGUAACCGUUACGCCUUACACCAGGCCUGACGUACAGACGAUGCUAAUCGGAGAUCUUCACGAUCGUCGAGAUUUUCGCUUUCUUGCGGAAAACGAGACGAACUGAUGAUCACAGGUUUCUUCUUUUAAACUCCUAGCAGUGGAGACACAUGUGUAACGCCUUUCUAUAAGAGCCGUAUUCAUGUCCACACACGUAUACGAAAGAGGGAUACGGCUGAGUUGUGAUGAUGUCACACGAUGCAUCCUGUAAAAAACGAACUUUCGUCCUCAAUAUCGCCGUUUCUUGAUAUUGUAUUUAUGGGGAAAAAAAUGCAGCUUAUAAACGUCUGGUUUUGUUCACGGAGCGAGAUCUGUGAGCGGUUAUAUCACGUUUAGCCGAUCGGGGAACGUCGAUCUGCUUCGGUUUUGAUCCGAGGCAGCAGUCGUGGCACCAGAACGCCAACAAAUUUUCCAUCUUAUCAGCAAAAACAUCUGUACACAUCUUCUGACGUGAGUGUGAAUAUUUCUGGGCCGCGAUAUUUCUGUGACUUAGACGUGUACUGCCACGUUUGUGAAUCCCCCCGACUCCUUAUUUAUAAUCCUAUUUAUGUGUGUAAGACAAAAACAGUGUGUUUACUUCCUGUUCGUUUGGAUUUAAGAUUUUUUUCUUAAAUAAUUGUUAUUUUUGUACGUGAACAAUAAAGUGAAGACUUUUACA